AAGAAGAAAAUAAUUAAUUCAUGCGAGUAUAUAAAGAAAUAAGUUCGCGGUUCAAUCAAUUAGUCCAAAUCAAAUUACUCUGAAAUCACAAUAUGGCACUUCAGAUAUUCUUACAAUGCACAGCUCUGUUGAUUGUUGUGAGUUUUUGUAGCAGUGUUACAAUUCAACCUCGAAGCGCCUGGGGUGCUGCACCUCCCAAAUGGAACACUAAAGUUAGAGGACCAGUUCAGUAUGUCAUCAUUCAUCAUUCUGACAGUCCGAAUGGUUGUUCUGAUUCAGCCCGUUGCCAACAAUUGAUCCGUAAUAUCCAAUCGGAUCACAAGGGUCGAAGAGGUUUUAGUGACAUUGGGUACAAUUUUAUAGUGGCAGGUGAUGGAAAAGUAUAUGAAGGACGAGGUUUUGGUAAUCAAGGCUCACAUGCACCACGUUAUAAUGACAAGAGUAUUGGCAUUGUCUUUUUAGGAAAUUUUGAAAAUCAAGUUCCAUCAUCAACUAUGCUUAAUAAUGCAAAGGAACUGAUUGCGCAAGCUGUUGCCGGCGGGCAUGUUAAGAGUGAUUACAUCCUUUGGGGUCAUAGGCAGACAAAAGCAACAGCUUGUCCUGAUUGGGCAACUAUCAUAUAAGUUUUUUACGCUUCUUCGGAUUAUGAUGAUUCAGAAAUAAGGAUUCGGAAUGAUAUUGUAUGAUUUCUUAGAGUCCGUAAAGGAUUCAUCUGUAAAUGGAGUGUGGUCUAUAGAAAAAUAAA